AUAGUCAACAGGUAAUAAGUAGAGAGAGAGAGAGAGAGAGAGAGAGAAAGACAGACAGACAGGCAGACAGACAGACGGAGGGAGGGAGAGAGAGAGAGAGAGACAGACAGACAGACAGACAGACAGACAGACAGACGGAGAGAGAGAGAGAGAGAGAGAGAGACAGACAGACAGACAGACAGACAGACAGACAGACGGAGGGAGAGAGAGAGAGAGAGAGAGACAGACAGACAGACAGACGGAGGGAGAGAGAGAGAGAGAGGGACAGACAGACAGACAGACGGAGGGAGAGAGAGAGACAGACAGACAGACAGACAGACAGACGGAGAGACAGACAGACAGACAGACAGACAGACAGACAGACAGACAGACAGACGGAGGGAGAGAGAGAGAGAGAGACAGACAGACAGACAGACAUACAGACGGAGGGGGAGGAGAGAGAGAGAGAGAGAGAGACAGACAGACAGACAGACAGACAGACAGACAGACGGAGGAGAGAGAGAGAGAGAGAGAGAGAGAGAGAGAGAGAGACAGACAUACAGACAGACAGACGGAGGGAGAGAGACAGACAGACAGACAGACAGACAGACGGAGGGAGAGAGAGAGAGAGAUACCCCAGGGGCAUAACUCAGACACUGAAACAGUCAUCACCUUCCAAGGACCAGAACAGCACAAGUUGAAAAAGAGGCUAAAAAAUAACUUUCAGGUUAUCCUGACACCAGGAAAGGACUGAGGACUCUAUUCAUAUCUGUCCUCAAGGAGACGACAAGGACAGUCCAAGGACAGACGACACAGCAGCAUCAGGAGGAGGUGAGAAAGGCUACAGACUAACUGACCAUGGCAUCGUUCGAACCUCAGGGUCAGUCUCCUCCUUGCUGUGGCCCCCAGUUCCCCAGCCUGGGCCAGGAACCUCCAGAACUCAGCAUGUACAGUGACUGCUACUACCCUCCUCCAUCGCUCCCCAGCCCCCAGCGCACCACCCCCACCUCCUAUGACUACAGCACCUCCUCCCCUAAUCCUUACCUGUGGUUCAACGGAUCCGGCAUCAACGCUCCCCCAUAUCUGGCCACCACUGGGCCCCCAGGAAACCCCGGGCCACCCUUUGUUCCCCAGCACUAUGGGAUGCAGAGGCCUUACCUGGGGCCUGGCGGGGCAGGGGUCCCUGGGGGGGAGCUGGGCUGGUUCUCUCUACCCUCACAGGAAGACCUGAUGAAGCUGGUCCGCCCGCCCUACUCCUACUCCGCCCUCAUCGCCAUGGCGAUCCAUGGCGCCCCAGAGCGGCGGCUGACCUUGAGUCAGAUCUACCAGUACGUGGCUGAUAACUUCCCCUUCUACAACAAGAGCAAGGCUGGCUGGCAGAACUCCAUCAGGCACAACCUGUCACUCAACGACUGCUUUAAGAAGGUCCCCAGAGAUGAGGAUGACCCUGGUAAGGGUAACUAUUGGACACUAGACCCAAACUGUGAGAAGAUGUUUGACAACGGAAACUUCCGUCGUAAAAGGAAGAGGAAGUCUGAUUCACUGUCUGGAGGAGAGGGGGGGUCAGGGGGGUCGGAGCCAGGUGAGCCAGGUCGGAGCCCUGAACCCCCCAGCAACCACGGUAUCGACAUGUCUCCCACGCCAGAGAGAAUCCCCACCCCUUCAACCACAGGUCCCGCCCCUUGCCUGAGCAGCUUCCUGUCUGAGAUGUCUGGAGUGGUGUCAGGGGGAGCCAAUGAGAUCGUAGGAGAUCCGCUGAACCGGGCCCUCCCCAUAACCCUUACCCUGGAUGGGACCCAGAGGCCUACACAGCCUGGGGGUUUUGGUAGUUACUCCCCCAGCUCGGGUGCUUCGGAGUGGGCUUCCCAGCUGCCGCCUCCCCCUGGCCUCUCCUCCUCGCCCACCCACUCUUCCCUGGGUUACAGCAGCCCCAUCCUCAGCCAGUUCAAUGGGCAUUUCUACCCUGGCUUGGGCUCAGCAAGCAUCCUAUACCCACGGGAAGGCACAGAGGUCUGAACAGACUGAUAGAGAGGGAGACAGGGUUGGGCAGAAGUUAGCUAGAGGUCUAACGACACUAAAGAAAGGAGAGUGAGAAAGAGAGACAUGAUUCUACCUGAGACUGAACUGAACCGUCUGCUGACACACACACACACACACACACACACACACACACACACACACACACACACACACACACACACACACACACACACACACACACACACACACACACACACACACACACACACACACACACACACGCGCACACACACACACACACGCGCACACACACACACACACACGGUAGUCAGUUAAAGCUGACAGGGCGGGACUCAGUUGCGUGUGACAGCAAGAUGAGCAGGGCCUGGUUCCCACGGAAACAGCCGAGUCAGCAUCGAUGAUGCUUCACGCACACACGCAUGCACACACACACACACACACGCACACAAACACACGCACACACACCUGUUUAAUAAUCUAUAAUUGCUGACUGUCAUGACUGACAGUUUUAAUUUGUAUAUAUUUUUAUUGAAUGUGUUUAUUUUAUUGUUUAUAUAUGUUAUUUUAUAGUUUAUGUAUGUGUUUUUAUCUCUGAGUGCUUGGGUCCAACAUAUUUGUUCAACAUUGUAGAAUAUUGUUUUGCGAUGGAUGGCACAGACCUGGGUUCAAAUACAUGUGUUUUGUUAUUUGAAUACAUUUUGCUGUGUAUUUAAUUAUUUUCAAAUACACAGCUCAAAACAAGUAUUUUUAUUUGAGUAUUUGAAUGGUUAUUUGUAAAAACCGAAUAGUUGACCACAUUUAAUUUGAAAGUAUUUUCUAAUAUUUAUUUAAAAUACUUUUUUUUUUUUUGGAAAUAUCUGGGAUAAAUGCAUGGGAGUGUAUUCGAGUCAGUGUAUAUGAGUAUUCCCAAAUCAAUUCCAAUAUUCAACAACUUGUUUUUUCUAAUAAAUGUGAUCUGAAUACUUGUUUAGAAAUUACUUUGAAAAGUAUUUGAAAUACCUGAAAUAGUGUUUGAACCCAGGUCUGGUAUGGCUUAUACCAACAUUGGUCUGAUGGUUGUUUUUGAUAAGAAUAAUAAAAUAGAGGAAAACGUUC